UCUUCCCCACCUCUCUCCACCCUUAGUGCCUCGGAGCGGACAGCCGGGUCGGUCGGUCGGUCGGUCGGUGCCGGGCAGUGCCGUCAUGCGGCUGCCGCUGCCCGCCCUGCUGUGCUGCACGGCCGCCAGCCUCCUGCUGCUGCUGCUGCGAUGGCGGCGGCGGCGCGGGCUCUGGAAGAAGGUGAGGGCGGCGCGGCAGAGGCAGGAGCGCAGCCUGGUGCAGAUGGAGAUGGCCGUGCAGCGCUUUCGGGAGCAGCAUCCUUCUGUGAACGUGACCUCCAUCCUCAAUCUGCCUUUGCCGGAGCUCACUGAGAAACUCCGGGAUGGCUCCCUACCUCUGGAGCACGUCUUCUAUGCCUAUGUGGGCAAGGCCCUCCAAAUGGCCACAGAAACCAACUGCAUCACAGAGUAUCUGCAGGAAAGCGAGACCCAGGUCCAGAAAGCGAAGCCAGCGGGAAAGCUGGGUUUGCUGUACGGGGUGCCUGUCAGCCUAAAAGACUCCAUCGACUGCCAGGGUCAUGAUACCACAUUGGGAUUUAUAAAAAACAUCAAUAAACCCGUGGCUGAGGACAGCGUGGUGGUGCAGGUGCUCAGGAGGCAGGGGGCAAUUCCGUUUGUCAAAACCAACAUUCCCCAGUCCCUCAUCAGCUAUGACUGCAAUAACUUAAUCUUUGGCCAGACAUUCAACCCACUGCUCUACACCAGAAGCCCCGGAGGCUCCACUGGUGGAGAAGGGGCACUUAUAGGAGGAGGUGGGUCCAUCUUGGGCUUUGGGACGGAUUUAGGAGGAAGCCUGCGUUUCCCUGCUGCCUUCUGUGGGAUCUGUGCACUGAAACCCACUGGGAACAGACUCAGUAAAAAAGGAGUAGUUUCUGGUAUCCGUGGGCAGAAGGCAGUGGCUGCAGCAGUGGGGCCACUAGCAAAAGAUGUGGAAAGCCUGGCUCUAUCCAUGCGGGCACUCCUGUGUGAGGACAUGUUCAGCCUGGACAGCUCAGUGCCCCCCCUUCCCUUCAAUGAAGAGGUGUAUUCCAGCACGAAGCCCCUCCGCAUAGGCUACUAUGAAACUGAUUUCUUCACCAUGCCAAGCCCUGCCAUGAGACGUGCCAUUCGGGAGACAAAGCAGCUGUUGGAGGAUGCUGGCCACACGCUGGUGCCCUUCGAACUCAUGAACAUGGACUACACGCUCUUUAACUUCUGUGUCAAGGGAGUGUUUGCAGAUGGAUGUGCCAGUUUCCUCGGGAACUUCAAAGGGGAGCUGGAAGAAAGCAGCUUGGGGCUGUUCUGGUUGAUGAAAUCUCCAAACUGGCUAAAAAAUGUCCUCUCCUGGAUCACCAAACCCUUUAUGCCUCGACUUUCAGCCAUGCUAUUGAGUGUGAGAGCAAACACAGUGGAUGAAGUAUGGAGUCUUCAUCAUGAAAUUGAGGAGUUCAGCCAGCAGUUUGUCGCCCAGUGGAAGAAGCUGAAUCUGGACGUCAUGCUUUGUCCUAUGCUGGGCCCAGCCCUGGGCAUCGGCUACCCUGCGAAGCUCUCAGUGGCAGUCAGCUACACCAUGCUCUACAAUGCCUUGGACUUCCCUGCUGGUGUAGUCCCUGUCACAAUGGUGACAGAUGAGGAUGAGGAGGAGCUGAAGGGCUACCAGGGGUACUAUCGAGACUACUGGGACCGCACCAUGGCAAAGGCUUUCCACGGCACCGUGGGGCUGCCCGUGGCUGUGCAGUGCGUGGCCUUGCCGUGGCAGGAGGAGCUGUGCCUCCGGUUCAUGAAGGAGGUGGAGACCCUCAGCCAUGAGAAGAGAGCAGCACAACCUCCACGGUCCCACAAGCCCAGGGCCAGUGGCAAGGCGAGAGAACAGCGCUGCACCACUUCUCUUUGCAAUCCACAGCGCAGAGAUGACAGCGAGGAGGGAAAGAGGAAGGAAAAGCCAUUUCCUGACCCCCCUCCUUGCCAAUAAGCACGGAUCCUGUAAGGAACCAAGAUGCUGUGCAGAGGGUGGGACUGGUUUAAGCUGGGUUCAAAUGAUGAAGUGCACCUUUGUGGAAGGGUGGACAUGGAUGGGGGUUCAUCCUCAUUUUCAUCUAUGCUGAGAGAGCAGGAUUACAAAAGCUGAAUAGUGUUUUCUUGCGGACGCUGGAGUACUUCCUAUGAUGUAAGUAUGGGCUGCCCUGUAAGGAAUACAGCCAUGUCUACCCUUCCCAUCACUGUAUUUUGCACACAAAAAUAAAAAUGUAGCUAUUAAGCAACUCUCAUAAUAAACUCCAGUAAUCCUUCACUGA